UAACACCUCCAGCCUAUUAUUUCAAUCUCUCUCUCUCUCUCUCUCUCUCUCUCUCUCCUCAGUUCCGGGCAACAGGGACAACCGCUUCUCGAAAAGAAAGAAAGUGAGAAAGAAAAAUCCGAUCUUUCUUCCCCAUCAGAUUGCUGCGGAAGCUCCCCGGAGGUCGGAAAUGGCGGACACCCUCGCUGCCCUCAGGUCCCUGAUGUCCUCCCACUCCCCUCCCCUCGACGCCCUCGUCGUCCCUUCCGAAGAUUACCAUCAGAGCGAGUACGUGUCCUCGAGGGACAAGCGGCGGGAGUUCGUCUCGGGAUUCACCGGGAGCGCUGGUUUGGCUCUUAUAACAAUCAAUAAAGCACUGCUAUGGACCGAUGGACGUUAUUUCUUGCAGGCUGCUCAACAGCUUAGUGAUCAGUGGAAACUCAUGCGCAUAGGAGAAGACCCUGCUGUGGAUGUUUGGAUGGCAGACAACUUGCCAAAUAAUGCGGCAAUUGGCACUGAUCCUUGGUGUGUGUCCAUAGACACUGCGCAGAGAUGGGAGCGUGCUUUUGCCAAAAAACAGCAGAAGCUGGUUCAGACCUCCACCAACUUAAUUGAUGAAGUUUGGAAAAAUAGGCCACCUCUUGAAAUAAAUCCUGCUAAUGUGCAUGCGCUGGAAUUUGCUGGUCGAUCAGUGACAGAUAAACUGAAUGAUUUGAGAGAAAGGCUUACACAGGAGAAAGCUCGCGGCAUAAUAAUCACAACACUUGAUGAGGUUGCUUGGCUGUAUAAUAUUCGAGGAAGUGAUGUGUCUUACUGCCCUGUAGUUCAUGCAUUUGCCAUAGUCACUCCCACUUCAGCUUUCUUUUAUGUGGACCAGAGGAAGCUAUCUUCUGAGGUAAGUGGCUACUUAAAGGAGAAUGGAAUCGAAGUGCGGGAGUAUAGUGCAGUAAGUGCAGAUGUGAGCUCACUUGCAUCCAACCAGCUUGGCCCAUGUGCAUUCAAAGAAGCUCAGAGUGAGGUUUCUGGGAGAACAGACAUUGGUUCUAGGGAGGAUGCAGCUGAAAGCAUUAAGACUGAAGCAGAAGAUGGCGAUACCAUUGACUUGAUUUGGGCUGAUCCUGGAUCCUGCUGCUAUGCUUUGUAUUCUAAACUAGAUUCCAAUAGAGUUCUCCUGAAGCAGUCUCCUUUGGCCCUUGCAAAAGCUUUGAAGAAUCCAAUUGAGUUGGAUGGGUUAAGGAAGGCUCACAUCAGAGAUGGUGCAGCUGUUGUACAAUAUCUUGUCUGGUUGGAUAAGCAGAUGCAAGAAAACUAUGGUGCUUCUGGUUUCUUUGUGGAGGGAGAGACUUUGGCUCAGAAAAAGCAGUUCAGGAAAGGAAAUAAACUAACAGAGGUGACUGUGAGUGAUAAGCUGGAGUCAUUUCGAGCUUCAAAAGAGCAUUUCAAAGGCUUAAGUUUUCCUACCAUUUCAUCAGUUGGUCCAAAUGCGGCAAUCAUCCAUUAUUCACCACAGCCUGACACUUGUGCAGAGUUAGAUGCAGAUUGCAUUUAUCUUUUUGAUUCCGGAGCACAGUAUCUUGAUGGGACAACAGAUAUAACUCGAACUGUUCAUUUUGGGAGACCUUCAGCACAUGAGAAAGCAUGCUAUACAGCGGUACUAAAAGGGCACAUUGCUCUGGGAAAUGCAAGAUUUCCGAAUGGAACAAAUGGUUAUGCAUUGGACAUUCUUGCCCGAGUACCUUUGUGGAAGGAUGGUCUCGAUUAUCGACAUGGCACAGGGCAUGGAAUCGGAUCUUACCUUAAUGUUCAUGAAGGUCCGCAUUUGAUCAGUUUCAGACCACAUGCUCGUAACGUGCCAAUGCAAGCUUCAAUGACAGUUACAGAUGAACCUGGCUACUAUGAAGAUGGGAGCUUUGGUAUAAGGCUGGAGAAUGUCUUGGUGGUCAAUGAAGCGGAUACAAAGUUCAACUUUGGUGACAAGGGGUACUUAUCAUUUGAGCAUAUAACAUGGGCACCAUAUCAGACUAAGCUGAUCAACUUAAGUCUGUUGACACCUGAAGAGAUCGAUUGGCUGAACACAUACCAUUCAAAGUGUAGAGAUAUAUUGGCCCCAUACUUGGAUGAUGCUGAAAUGGCAUGGCUGAAGAAAGCUACUGAACCUGUAUGUGCAUGAGCGAAAAAUCGCAGAAAACUCCAUUUGUUGUUAUCUCUGUGUUUUCCUUCUCCAUCCUAGAUGAAUUCCUGCCCCAGGCUUUCUGAUAAAGAGAAAGGAACUUGGUGCUUAAAUGGUUUCAUAAAAGACUGCUAUUUCGUUGUUACUAUGUAAAUACAUUGGCUUCAUUUUCUGCAUAAUAAUUCAUCAUAACGAUUUCGUUCCUGCUUA